UUUUCACAAUGGAUAUUGAAAAGAAAUUACCCUUAGAAUUAUUAUUAGAAAUACUUAAAUUCUUCCCCCUUAAUAUUAAAUGGAGUAUUAUUAGAGUAUCAAAAGAUUUUGACAUUUUUGUUCUCAAACUUCAAGGAAAUUGGAUAGUCAAUAUUAUAUUUACAAAGACAACCAUUAAGGAUAACUUCAACAAAGCUAUGGGCUAUUUGCAAAGCUUGGAUGGUAAGGAAGACACAUUGACUGAAACGCAAUUAAAAUUUUUCUGCAAUGAAUUUGAUGAUGUCUUUAUGGGGUUCAAGUGGAAUGCGAAGUUUUCUGAGGGAAUUGCGCAGGUCAUUAAGGACGUUAAGUGGCAGUUCUUCGAGAAGAACAAGCCUGCCUUUAUCGUAAAGAAGGAUCGACUUCAUUCUUUGUUUCAGAAUUCGAUAACCGUUGCUUUGGUUGCCGAUUCGGCUCUGGACGAUUGGUUGCGUUUUUCCGAAGAAGUUGUGACCACGUUGCACCUCUUAAUGAAUCGAUACGCUAAGAGCCGUGGCAUGCUUUCUGCAAGGUAA